CGCACAAUGAGUUCUCUGGGUGGGGAGACCUCGUCAGGCGACGCCUCCUCUCCGCCCCCGCAGGACGACGGAAUGAUGUGGUGGUACCGUUGGCUGUGCCGGUUGGCAGGGGUCAUGGGGGGCAUCUCCUUUUGAUCCCUCUUGUGAUUGAAGAAAUUUGGGCACAGACAGGAAGACAUGACUUACAAAGAAAAAAGAGCAAAGAAACAUGGAACACAGAUCAUUGAGGGAGCUUGUGCAAUUUCUGGCCUCUUCAACUGUAUCACCAUUCACCCACUCAACAUUGCAGCCGGUGUAUGGAUGAUGUUAAAUGCCUUCAUCCUGUUUUUGUGUGAGGCACCUUUCUGCUGCCAGUUCAUUGAGUUUGCAAAUACAAUUGCUGACAAGGCUGACCGGUUGAGGCCUUGGCAUAAGGCCAUCUUCUACUGUGUGCAGGAAUGGAUCCUUCAUUGUAAAAAGAGGAUUGACCUGGGAGUCAAGAGAUCCAGGAUGGCAGUUUUCCCCAUUGUCAUCAGCCUGACCCUGACCACCCUCCUGGGAAAUGCCAUCGCCUUCUCCACUGGUGUGCUUUAUGGACUUUCUGCACUUGGCAAAAAGGGUGAUGCAAUUUCCUAUGCAAGGAUCCAGCAGCAGAAGCAGCAGGCAGAUGAGGAAAAACUGACAGGAACCCUUGAAGGGGAGCUGUGAGCAUCUGGUCCAGGAUCGGGGCCUUCCUCCUAUCACCUUAAAGUGACCCUUUUUUCUCUAGUUCCAGUGCCUGACCCUCACACCUUCUCUUUCUGUGGGAGGACAGAUACUUGGGUCCCAGUGGAUUGGAGUGGACAAAGGACUGUGCUUCAGCACAUGGCAAUGUUGAGAAGAACAUUGAAGUAGGAACUCUUGCACAGUGUCUAGCAUCUAGAGAGUGCUUGGGAAACACUAACACAGGUGUUCUGCUUCUCCAUCCUUCUCACCUUAUCCCUUGAAGACGUACUUCCACCAGACUUGCAUUUUUUGGCCUGGAUUUGCCUGACUUCAGUUCGUCUAAAGAUGAGAUGACAAGGCCUGUGGCAGGCGGCAGGCAUUCCAGAGAAUUAGAGCAGAAAUCACGAACCACAAGACAGGUCUGGAAGACAGUAUCUAUGGAGGAAGCAUGGCUGCCUGGCAUUUCUGGGCCGUGAGUUCUUCAGUUGGAAAUGGAGCAGGGCAGGCGGCUUCUUUCAUGUUUCCUACAUCCAUAGACUGGUUAUAGUUGGACACCGGAUUGACUUUCAUACCUAAUAUACUUUGAAAAGUAUCUAAUGACUCAAUAGAUACGUGGAAGUAAACCCUACUUCCACUACCAGCCUGAAACAAGUUUUCAUCCCUGUUCUUUAGGAGAUACCUUAGAUUUUGUCCUUGCUGUACAGGACAGUGCAAAACAACCUCAUAACUUCGAUUAUGGCCAUCAAACUGACAUUCAAGGCCAUUUAUGAACCAGGCACAAAGUAUAGGUUCAAUGAUGACAAGGGCUACAUUUUAAGGUGGCCAGGGUUUAAAUUUGAUCUCCCUUUGUUAGGAGUCAGAUCCAGAAGGUCAGAGCCAGAAUUGUCUGUGGGAAUGAGGACUCUUCUUGAUCUUGGGCAUAGCUUAAUAUCCUAUUUCUUCCUCUUUGCCUAUUGUCCUUUAAUUUCCCUCAUUCCCUGCAUCAAGUUAUAGAACUUGGAAAACUCUGGAUCCUUAUAAGCUAUUGGGAGAGACCUUCCAAUUUCUCUGAUCUCCUCUUCUUUAUAUCUUACUUGGGAUGGGAAAGACUUUGGAAUGAAAAGAUAUACUUGAGCUUUUACAAACAUGUGAGAUGUCUCUCCUCCAAAAAGCUCCUUUGACUUUACCCUGGUAGUACUGGGGUCAGCUGGAGCUCAGGGAUAGGAUGACUGGUUAGGCCACCAUGCUCCCCACAGAUCUUACCGUGUUACGAGCUUGGGAGGUUUCACACAAGAGGCGGGGUAACCUGAAAUCAUUGCAGGAUUGAUGGUGGAGGAGCUUCCCUCUGGAUUUUCAUGAGAUUUCAUGCAAAUCACUCUCCAUGCCAUUCCACCUGUCACUUGGUGAUCCCCCAUUGGCCUUCCAGAGCCAGGGGGUAGCCAGGACCCACUGUCAGACAGAGGAUAAGUACUCCUGAGCCUUCCUAUAGGAAAACCCAUAGCUCCCUCAGUGACCUAAGAUCCACUUCUGUGGACAGUAGUUCAGGUCAAUUUAGAACUGAUCAAAAUUGAACUUUUCCCAAUGGGCUCUUCAGCUGGGGCUUUGGUAGUACAUAGUCCCUCAGCAAGGUGACUGUAUCAGCCAUACCUAUGGAAAUGUGAGCAGAAAUCACACCAGCUGUCUCUGGAACCCAAAGUGUCCCUACUUCUACUCUUUCUCAAAUGUCUGUACUUGCUCUUCUUCCUCAUAUUCAAAUAGUACUUCCCCUACUCUGCCUUCUCUUCCUCCAAGCCCUCAAGCCUGGUGCAUCAUCUUCUGGGAGAUGCAACUGUCUGGUAGUGAAUUCAGGGUGAGAUGGGUCAGUGGUUGAUGUACUGCCUGAAAUUAAGGGCAGAUAUGCUUGCUUUGGCCUGGUUGAGGCCUCUCUGCAUUAGGGUGUUAACAUCUGUCCCAGAUUGGAAUCUGAGCAGGGAGAGGAAGCACACGUUAGACUAGAAACAUUUCUUCUCCCACAAGCUGUUUUCCUAGAUUACUCACUAAUCUCAUUGACCACCUUUCCUUCUCAGACCUAUCUCCAAACUACCACAGACCCUGUGACUUCAAACUACACAUCACCCACAGCAAUCAUUCAAUCUUAUGCAAUGGUCUGAUCUCAGCUUAUGUAAGAGUUUUACUUGAUCCUCUCUUAUGCUGGGACAAGACUAACCUGCUCUGGAUUGCCUUUGUAGCCCUGAAGAACUUUGGGGUUGCUGCUGAGUUCAUGGAGAGUGCUAGAUAGAGGCCAGCCCAACCAAAGUGUAAGAUAGACUUAUGCAGUAAGUUAUACUGGAUGAGCUUGGUGGGAGUGAGGAUAUAGGUUCUUUAUCGAGUCCUCUGCUAAUAUUUCAGAAGAUUUUACCUUGUGGGAAGGUGUUUAUGUUUAUCUUCUUUCUUGCUGCAAUUUUAAUUACUUAUUGAGUCCAGGUAGAUCUGGGAGUUAUGUGCUGAGAACAGAUUUUCUCUGCCAUCUUCUGUCUCUCAAGGGCUUUGGACUUAACAUGUAAGAAUAGAAACUCUUUGGGAGCUGGACUCCCAAACUAAGCUAUUGUGUGUGUUUCUAGGAGAAUUUGUACCCUAAACUUCCCUACUUGCAAGGUCAUUGCUCACUUGAAUUCACCUUGUCCUGUGGGGUUUUGACCACUUAGAACCUUUGGGGAUUUGUUGCUGAUGUUGCAGUUUUGUAAUUUUUUAAAAACAAUGAUCUAACUUACCUCCCUGCCUCUUUGUGUCCUGUGGCCUAGUUGGCUCCUUCCUAUCACUCAUCAGUGUCCUUAACUGACAUCCAGGCCACUGAUGGCAAUAGUUGAUCAGCAUUAUUAGUCUCUAUGGGAGACAAGGACCUAUCACUGUUAAAAAUUUCAGAACUUGUGUAGGCCCUUGCAGGGGGCCAGGCCUUAUCCCUUUCUGGGUGCAAAGGGAUUGAUUGAUUAAUCCCUAUGUAAUAUUUUGUGCCUGCUAUCAGAAGCCCCACUAUUGAUUGUACAAGUAAGAACACUACAGAACUGGUACAUCUCAAGCAAUAAAGAGUAAUGUUGUCUUAGAUAUAACACUAGCCAUAAUCACAGGAGCCAUGUCACCAGAAGGGGUUGAGCAGUGGAUUGAUAUCGACCUCUCCUCAUCGGGCUGUAGGCAUCCUGGAUAAUAUCACUAGAGGUAGAAAACUUUUCAGUGAGGCAUUAAUACUUUUUUCUAGAAGGAGGCACCAAAUUGCCUCCCAAGUAUCAUAGUCAUGGUAUGGUUUACUUUGCAGAAACAGGCAUGCUUGUUUGUAUGGAGCAAUCAUUGUUAUGUAGAGCCAAAACAAGCUUAGUCUCAGCAAGGUAUUUAAGGAUAAAAUGGAAUUUGGCUUUUUUGGAGAAAGGCAGAUGUGGCUUCAAGGAGGUAGUAGCCCUAUUCCUCUUGGAGAUGUCAUUUUUCACUUCACCGAUCACUACAUGACUCUCAGCCAUAAGUGGUCCACACAGGAUCUGAAGAACAUCAUGUUGAAAACGUUAUGUUUGAACAGGACAGCAGAUACUCUCCUGUGUUUGCAAGAUUUUCCCCUCUUUUUGUGUAUGCAGUGAAUAAAAGACCAUUCUACCUCCUAGAGUGGAGAUUUCUCAAUCUUUCACCUUUAAAAAAACAUUUUAUUUAUUUUUGAUUAAAAAAAAAUCAAAUAAAACCUAAGCAGCAGGGCCCCCCACCUGCUACGGAAAGUUGCAGUAUACAGAGGAAUCUGGUGGUGGCGAUUCCCCCAUCAGGCGUACAUUUGCCUUUUGUCUUGUUCACCUACCUAUACUGUAGCUUGGGGAAUUCAAGUGAAGUUUAGAUUGGAUGUUAGUGACACCUUUUUCCUGUGCUUUGUUCCGGUUUGCUAGUGUAUACCAAAAUCCCUGAGAAACAACCUUCAUAAAGUGAGUAGACACCAUUUUCUGGGGUUGCCGAGUGUCAGACCUAAACCAGGAAAGGAAGGCUGUUUGUUUUUCAGACAGAAGGAGAUUUUGGCUUAUUGGUGCUUAGAAUUAAAAUGGUAGAAUUGGAAGGAACCUUAGAGGCCAUUUAGUCAGAACUUUUUUUUUUUUACAGAUGAAGAAAUUGGGAUCUAGAUAGGGAAGAUGAUUUUCAUCAGAGAGGGGGAAAGGCCACAAAGAGCUCAUGACAGAGACAAGAUCCAGGUUUCUUGACUCCCAGGUCAGUACUGGUUCUUCCUAUUGCACCACAGAGUAGCUGGAAUCUAAGGAGCAAAGGGAGUCGAAGGAAAAUCUUUCUUGAGUUACAGAGGGUUUUCCUCUGGACUAGAAUAUUUCCUCUUCUAGAAUGUUCUCUUAAUCUAGAUUUUCCUUGCUUGGAUUUCCAGUGUAAUCUGCAUUUUUGAGCAAUAAAAUGUGGCAUUUGUCAUAA